AUACCCGCGAACCCAGCAAAUUGAUUCACCGAAACAACAAAAAUAUAUGAAGAGAGUUGAAGGAAGAACCAUGGCCAUCCAUGAGCUUCUCUUAAAAGUUGUGGUGGUUGGGACCAUCAUAUUGGGUCCAUACCACAAUCACAAAGCGGAAGCUGAUGUCUCAAUGACGAUGCCCGGAUGCCAAAGUACCUGCGGAAACCUUGAAAUUCCAUACCCCUUUGGAUCAAGCAACAGCAGUUCUGACUGCCGCAUCGAUCGCCCAUCGUUUAUUGUCUAUUGUGACAACUCUACCGACCCUCCCAUACCUUACAUGAAUAAAAGAAGUAGUAACUUACAAAUACUCAACAUUUCUGUCAACGACCAUGAGAUGCGAGUAAAUGUUUUCAUAGGCCGAGACUGCUACGACUCUUUCGGGCAAGUUAGGUCUUUGGGCAGGUAUCCGAGGCUCACCCAACCUGAAUUCCCCAUAUCCAGCACCAAGAACAAGUUCACCGCUGUUGGUUGUGACACGUCGGCCUCCUUCCUUGACCGCGAUGGGAAGUUCUCUUUCGGGUGUAUGUCUUCAUGCAGCAAUAUUUCGGACGUCAGCGAUGGGUCUUGUUCGGGUAUUGGUUGCUGCCAGACGAGCAUCCCUAAGGACUCCUUUGGCUACAACAUCUCCAUUGAGAGCUUUUUCAAACAUGCGGAUGUCCUGGGUUUCAAUCCUUGCAGCUAUGCAUUCGUCGCCGAAACUGACUUCUACAACUUUUCGGUCGGCGACCUUAAGCAGCUCAAAUUUAACGAGUCCGCUCUAGUUCUCGACUGGGCAAUAGGGAAACAAACAUGUGAAGAGGCCAAGAAGAACUCCACGACCUACAAGUGCACCAAGAACACCAAUUGCACCGACGCUGAAAACGGAUAUGGGUAUAAGUGCACUUGUCCAGAUGGUUACCAAGGCAAUCCUUAUCUCAAGAAUGGCUGUCAUGAUAUUGAUGAAUGUGCGGAUCCGGAGAUGAACCAGUGUGAGCAAAUUUGCCAUAAUGUUAUUGGGAAUUAUACUUGUUCAUGCCUAAAGGGUUAUCACGGUGAUGGCAAGAAGGGCGGUGGAGAUGGGCAAGGAUGCAUUGCUAAUCCUAAUCCAUCGCAUUUGAUGGAGAUUUUGAUUGGUGUUGCUGUGGGCAUAAUAGUGCUGCUUUUCAGCAUAGGCUUUCUGUAUUUCGGAUACAAGAAAAGGAAGCUCAUCAGGCUCAAAGAACAAUACUUCAAGCAAAAUGGCGGCUUGCUUUUGCAACAACAAUUACAUGAACGUGACAGAACCCCAAAAUCUGUGAGAAUCUUCAGCGCUGAAGAGCUAGAGAAGGCCACCGACAAUUAUGACGAGAGCAGAAUAGUCGGGCAAGGAGGAUACGGUACCGUUUACAAAGGGUCGUUGCCAAAUGCUAUGGUAGUUGCGAUUAAGAAGUCCAAGCUCGUGGACCAGAGCCAAAUCGAACAGUUCGUCAAUGAAGUCAUUGUGCUUUCUCAAAUUAAUAAUCGUAACGUGGUCAAGCUUUUGGGAUGUUGUUUGGAAACAGAGGUGCCAUUAUUGGUGUACGAGUUCGUCAACAAUGGAGCUCUCUUUGACCACAUCCACGAUCCAAACAAAUCAUCAAAGCUGUCUUGGGAGACCCGAUUGAGAAUCGCUUCAGAAACUGCUGGAGUCCUCUCGUACUUGCACUCCACAGCUUCCACUCCCAUUAUCCAUCGAGAUGUCAAGUCAGCAAACAUCCUUUUGGAUGCUAACUACACCGCGAAAGUCUCCGACUUUGGAGCUUCAAGAUUAGUGCCACUUGAUCAAAUGCAAUUGUCCACUAUGGUUCAAGGAACAUUGGGAUACUUAGACCCUGAGUACUUUCACACAAGCCAAUUGACAGAAAAGAGUGAUGUUUAUAGCUUCGGGGUUGUGCUAGUUGAGCUGUUGACAGGGAAGAAAGCGCUUUCUUUUGACCGACCGGAAGAAGAGCGGAGCUUGGCAACGUUCUUUCUUUCGUCAUUGAAAAAUGACAAAUUGUUUCAGAUUGUUGCGGAAGUUAUUGCAAACGAAGGAAACAAUACGCAGGUGAGGGAAGUUGCCAAUCUUGCCAAGAGAUGCUUAAAAAUAAAAGGCGAGGAGAGGCCGACCAUGAAGGAAGUAGAAAUGGAAUUGGAGGGACUCAGAGCAAUGGCUAAGCAUCCAUGGGUCAGUGGUAUCGAUGUGAAUCCAGAAGAGACGGUUCGUUUAUUGGGAGAGAAGCCCGAUGUAUACAUGGAUAGUAUUGCGAUCACAAACACUGGGUACACGGAUAGCAUGAAAAACCAUGUCAUGCCACUAGUUAGUAGUGGGAGAUGACAAU